AUGGAUAUUUCAGCGGCUGGAGAAGCAAGAAAAUUACAGCUGAACGAGUUGGAUGAAUUGCGUUUGUUUUCAUAUGAGAAUGCUAAAUUGUACAAGGAAAAGACAAAGAGAUGGCAUGAUGAUAGAAUCAAGGAAAGAGUUUUUGCAAAAGGACAAGAAGUGUUACUCUUUAAUUCAAGGCUCAAACUCUUUCCUGGAAAAUUAAAGUCCCGUUGGUCUGGCCCGUUUACUGUCCAAGAAGUGACUCCUUUUGGUGCGAUUACAGUGAAAGAUCAACAAUCCGGGAGGGAAUUUAAAGUGAACAGGCAGCGGCUGAAACACUAUUGGAGAGGCAAGAUUGUGUUCUUUUCUGUGUGCAGAGAACCUAGUGAAAAAGGCUGUGGAAGUGAAGAAGUUUUGAAUUGGGCAAAAUCAUUAAGUUUGGGGUGGCAGGUUGCUGUUCAGUUGCUAUAG